UACUUCCGGUCUGUCGUUCCCGUUUGCUGUAGCUCGCUUUUUGAGAAGUUAAACCUAAAAUAAUCCAAAAUGGGAUGUGACGGUGGAACGAUUCCUAAACGACACGAGUUAGUGAAAGGCCCGAAGAAAGUAGAGAAGGUUGACAAAAAUGCAGAAUUGGCAGCAAAGUGGAAAUACUGUGCUCUGAGCCAAGAGAAGCUCAAGCGCCCUAUUGUUGCUUGUGACCUGGGAAGGCUUUACAAUAAGGAUGCCAUCAUCGAAUACCUCCUGGACAAGACGGCACAGAGACCAAACUCUGAGGCAGUAACACACAUUCGAGGCACAAAGGACAUUAAAGAGCUGAACCUGACUGAUAACCCCGAGUGGGAGGGUGAGAGGAGAAACACCAAAGGAGAUCGAUAUGAGGACAUACACUGUGGCAUGUUCAUUUGUCCUGUGGUUGGACUGGAGAUGAAUGGCAAACAUAGAUUCUGCUACUUACAAACCUGUGGAUGUGUGUUUUCUGAGCGUGCACUUAAAGAAGUCAAGACCGAGAUUUGUCACAAGUGUGGGGACCCCUUUAAAAGUGAUGAUGUUGUGAUCCUCAACGGCACAAAGGAGGAGGGGGACAAGCUGAGAGAGAGAAUGGAAGAGAAGCGAGCCAAAGCUAAAACUAAAAAAUCAAAGAAGAGCAAGGCAGUGGAAACUUUGUCUACACCCCCUGAAACUAAAGAUGAAGCAAGCUCAACAAAAGCAGGAAGCUCUCUGGAGAAUGGAAAUGCAAGCAGUGAUCCAGAUGUGGCUGGUCCAAGCUCUUCUAAAAGCAGUGGGGCUUCCAAACGUUCUAUCCAGGAAAUGCAGGACAAAUCUGAGGCCUUCAAAUCCAUCUUCACCAGCCACAGCUCGGCCAAGCGCACCAAAGACCAGAUGUCCAACUGGGUCACACACACCCCUUAUCACUUUUAAUACGGUCAUUUGAAAAUUUGCUAUGUGGUUUUGCAUUGAUAGUGUUUCACAAUAUUAGAGGAGACUUUGGUGGUCACAGUAUUUGAAAAAUCGCCACUGUAGCCUUGGACGAUGCUGAACAAUAAGCUGGUUUCACAAAUUUUCUACUAAAAUAUAAAAAGUGGUUAAGUACCUAAUUCCUCCUGUUAACUGGCCAUUUAAAGGUGCACUAUGUAACGUUUUGGUUGGGCGUCCGUCACCUGCUUGUUUCUACAGAUGUCAUUAAUCUGCCUGGAAUGUUCGACAGUAUGACACUAAACAGCUCAACCUUACAUUUAUUCAAUUACAGGUGGUUUUAUAGCUCAAAAUACCUGGAAAAACUGUCAUUCUUCUGUGAGCGGGGUUGCCUCUCCACAGAUCUGCCCUGUAGCUUGGUCUGGUUGAUAGAAAGGUUUAAUACCAUACUGUGAAACAUUCCAGACAAAGCAAUCACAUCUCCAUAGACAAAAGUAUUGAUGGACAUGAGAAAAGUUUUAAACGAUACAACUCAUAACUUUAAAAACAGCAAUCUUAAAAUGAGUUAGGAAAGUGGGACUAAACAUCAAAACCCUGCUAAACUGGGCAGUACCUGGAGAACUGAAGAAGAGAGUGAGGGGAGAGAACGGGAGGGUCUGGGUGAAUAAGGAACAGUGUGAUUGGUCUAACAGGGGUCCACACUUCAAAACAUCCAGGUCUUUGUCAUCAGAAACGCCUGGCUUUAAUCAGGGCAGUUCUGUGUCAUGUCAUGCAGUACUUGAAGUUGUAGUGACCACACACGCAGAUUUUCAACACAUAGCUUCAAAUAUAUACAUUGUGUGCUCUAAAUUGCCCAAAAUUGACAAAGAACAGUAGACAAUGCUAUUAAAACACCACACACAGAAUUAAAAGGAAAACAAACGUUGCUUUAGUGUUUAGUCCCACUUUAUCAUGCAUUAAUUAUAAACACGUUUUACAACUUUCCUACAGCAAGAUUGAGGCUGACGUCACGGUAAUGUCAACAAGAAAAAAAUACCCUGGGCCUAGCUGUAAUAUGUGAACAUUGUAUCUCUAGAUUUGUAUUACUUAACACCAGUCAAAUGCAUUGUGUCUCCAUAGUAUCAGCAGAAAUGUGUGAGAAACCUUGAGUGAUGCACAUUGGUAAAUACAAUUAUAAUGCUUCGCUUGUGUCCCUGUACUGAGUCUCAAUCGCUCUUAGCAGUGUUCUCGCAUCAUAAACAUGUUUCCUAAUAGAUCCCCUGACUCUUCACAGUUUUUGUUUUGAAACCUAAUACCUCCCCUGUGUAUAUGUGUCCUUUGAGUUUGUAUUCAUCGGGAGUCCUUUCUAAAUAUAAGUACUUUGUGUUGUGUGUCAGUCAAUACAGUGCUGACUCCUAGUGGAAGAAGUUGAAAUGAUUAUCUCAAUCAAAAUGUAGAUCAAUAAUUUGGUAUUUAUUUGAUUGAAUAAUUUGCUGUGGACAUGUUUAUUAGUAAGGAUUCAUAUUUAGCUCUUCAUACUUCAUUUUGUCUUUUCUAAACAUUGUUGUUACAAUAAGCAGUACUAAAAUUGCAUUUAAUUUUUAAGAUUUUUUUUUGUUUUAUUUUUUGUCAUACUGCGUGCUAUAAAAACAUUUGUUCCCUGCAUUGUCCUUUGGCAUGUAUCAUUUUUUAAAUAAAAGAUUAAAUGCUUA